AUGGCGAACGUUGAAGAUAUCUCGUGCGUGACCGAGGGACGUGGCAGGGAGGCCCACGUAAACAACAAGAAGAAGAGGGACCACAGCAAGGCUCGUGGGGAGAGUACGGUGAAUGAGGUCGUGCUAGCGGAGCUUAGCGAACGAUUCGAGAAGCUCGAGCACGAUACGGAGGUGUUGGAGAAUCACGUCGCCGAGCAACUCGACUUGUUUAGGGACAAUGAGACGUUGCGGGAGGAACGGUUGGAUCGAUUUGAGGCUAUCAUCCAAUCCCUCCAAGACAGCAUCGAGGGGAUGCGCGGCGACUUGGCCUUGUGCAAAAAGGCAGCGGCUAACGGUAGCGUUGGUGCUACUUCGAGUCCAAGGGUGGACUGCCCGAAGCCAACGGGAUUCAACGGCGUAAGGGACGCCAAGGAAGUCGAGAACUUCCUAUGGAGGAUGGAGCAAUACUUCGAGGGUAUCGGUCUAGUCGACGAGACGACUAAGGUAAGAACUUCUUCCCUUUACCUUUCCGAUACGGCAAUGUUGUGGUGGCGUAGAAAGCACGCCGAUAUCGAGAAAGGCAUUUGCCGAAUCGAUACUUGGGAAGAGUUCAAGAGGGAACUCAAGCGACACUUCUACCCGGAGAACGUCGUCUAUGAGGCUCGAAGGAAGUUGAGGGAACUCAAGCAACGAAGUUCAAUCCGCGAGUACGUGACGGAGUUCACCAUCCUCACCCUUCAAAUUCCCAACCUCUCUGAGGAGGACCUUCUUUUCCACUUCACCGAUGGAUUACAAGGCUGGGCCAAGCAAGAACUCCACCGACGAGACAUCAAAUCCGUCGAUGAAGCUAUUGCCGCCGCCGAGUCCUUAACCGAGUAUCAACCGAGAGAGCCGUUGCGAAAAGAGAAGUGGAACCCGACUAAAGGCGGAGAAGAGAGACGGGACAAUCAUAGUCGGGACUAUCGAGACAACCGAGACCCAAGGCGAGCGUCAACCUCGAGGGGAGGAGACAAGCCAUCCUCACGACAACAACUUGAAGAGAAGAAGAAGUCGUUUGUGCCUAAGGGAGGAUGCUUCGUGUGCAAGGGGCCGCACGCGAUGAGUCAAUGUCCCAAGAUGGGGUCAUUGUCGUCACUCUUACAACAAGAGGCCGAACAAGGCACAAACGAGGAGCUAGGCAACAUGGGAUCGCUCCAACUUCUGAACGCCUUGAAGGCUAACCCGAUGCCGGCAACAUCAAGCAAGGGGCUGAUGUACGUGGAGGCCCGCAUCAACGGUACCCCAGCAAAGGUGAUGGUAGACACGGGAGCGACUCACAACUUUAUCACCGAGGACGAGGCCAAGAGGGUUGGCCUACGGUGGACCAGACGAGACGGUUGGCUCAAGGCCGUUAACGCUAAGGCACAACCGCUCAACGGUGUAGCACGAGACGCGGAGCUGCACUUAGGCACUUGGAAGGGCCAAGUGGACUUUUCGGUAGCACCAAUGGAUGACUUCAAGGUGGUGCUAGGCAUGGAUUUCUUCCGCAAGGUAAUGGCUAUCCCGAUGCCUUGUUUCAAUUCGGUUUGCAUCUUAGAGAAGGGGACACCUUGCAUGGUACCGGCCAUCAACGGCACCACAAAGGAAGAAAAGACACCACCGAGGCAACUGUCGGCCAUGCAAGUUGCCAAGGGAGUUCGACGGGGCGAGCCAACAUUUAUAGCCACUUUAAAGGAGGACAACCCACCCGUCGACAAAGCGGAGGACGUGCCACCGAUCAUCCAAACCGUCUUGGAGGCCAACCAAGACGUGAUGCCACCGAAUUUGCCCAACAAGCUUCCACCUAGGAGGGAGGUGGAUCAUGCCAUCGAGUUGGAGCCGGGAGCCAAGCCACCCGCCAUGGCUCCCUACCGCAUGUCACCGCCGGAGCUUGAGGAGCUCCGAAAACAACUUAACGAGUUGGUCGAGACGGGGAAGAUCCGACCAUCGAAGGCACCUUACGGCACACCGGUCUUAUUCCAAAAGAAGCACGAUGGUUCUUUGAGGAUGUGCGUGGACUACCGGGCGCUAAACAAGGUAACCAUUAAGAAUAAGUACCCUAUUCCCUUGAUAGUCGAUUUGUUCGAUAGGCUUGGUAAAGCCAAGAUAUACACGAAGAUGGAUUUGCAAAAGGGUUAUUACCAAGUUCGCAUUGCCGAAGGGGACGAGCCAAAGACAACGUGCAUCACUCGAUACGGUUCUUACGAGUGGCUUGUCAUGCCGUUCGGGUUAACCAAUGCCCCGGCAACAUUUUGCACUCUCAUGAACAAGAUUUUCCAUCCAUACUUAGAUCGGUUCGUGGUGGUCUACUUGGACGACAUCGUCGUUUAUAGCAAUACCAUGGAGGAGCAUGUCAACCACCUUCGCACUGUCUUCCAAGUACUUCGGGAAAACGAGUUGUUCGUGAAGAAAGAGAAGUGCGAGUUUGCCAAGGAGGAGGUCCAAUUCUUGGGGCAUAUCAUCGGGCACGGGCGACUCCAAAUGGAUGGAGCGAAGAUCAAGGCUAUCACCGAGUGGGAACCGCCGACUAAGGUAACCGAGUUACGAUCCUUUCUUGGUCUUAUCAAUUAUUACCGACGGUUCAUAAAAGGGUACUCGGCACGAGCGGCGCCACUAACCGACUUACUCAAGAAGAACAAGACGUGGGAGUGGCCCGACUCAUGCCAACGGACGUUCGAGGACUUAAAGGCAGCGGUGAGCCAAGAGCCGGUCCUCGCCUUACCGGACUUUGGGAAGUCGUUCGAGUUGCACACGGACGCUUCCGACUUUGCAAUUGGAGGGGUCUUGAUGCAAGAGGGGCAUCCGAUCGCCUUCGAGAGCCGAAAGCUCAACGAGACGGAACGGCGCUACACGGUCCAAGAGAAGGAGAUGACCGCCAUCAUCCAUUGCCUUCGAGUAUGGCGGCACUAUCUAUUAGGCGCACCGUUCGUGGUCAAGACCGACAACAUUGCCACGAGUUACUUCCAAACGCAAAAGAAGCUCUCGCCAAAGCAAGCACGGUGGCAAGACUUUCUAGCGGAGUUCGACUACGUUUUGGAGUACAAACCGGGGAAGGCAAACGUUGUGGCCGAUGCUUUGAGUAGAAAGGCCGAACUCGCAGCGAUUAGCUCGACAAGGGGGAACUUGGCCGACAUGAUCCGAGAAGGGCUCGAACAUGAUCCAAUGGCCAAGGAGCUAAUUCGACUCGUCAAUGAGGGCAAUUUCAAGAUCGUCCGCACUUGUUCGAGGCAACGAGGACGUCGCCGGAUUAGGCGGGGGAGGAUGUCACGGCCCGCUAGUUUUGACCCAACCCCUUGCCGAUUUCCCUUGGGUUGGGGAGGUUAA